AUUCACCUGCAUUGUUUUUCAGCACACCUCCGGGUCUAGGACAAUCAGGACAAACUAAUUUCCGAAUUAAAGGAAGAGAAAGAAGAUGGAACUCGUAUCUGGUUACCGAGACCGGCUCAUAGCUUUUUCCGAGACCAUGGCGCAGUGGUACCGCUCCUUCCAGACCUGCCCCAAGACGCACUGCGAGAAGGGGUGUCUGAGUGACACUUGGGGAUAUGGUCCUCCUCGUUACCCCAUCGACGAAGCCUCUCCUCUUUGGAUCCUGCACCUGUUGGACUGCACUACACCGCCCCCUGCUGUUCACAGUCGUCUUAGACAGUCUGAAAUAGACCCCGCCGACUUGGCACGCUCCGAGGGUGACAGUGUUUUGAUGGUGACCGACGCCUCUGGGCUGCCGCUGGGGUUUGAUGUCCUGUCACGCGGCUGGGCGGGGUCUCUGGGAGGAGGCGAGGCGGCGGGCGGCGACGGCAGAGGAGCCGUGGGAACCACGCAAAGGAUGGUGGGAUUGCUCCGCCGCUGCAUGGAGGCUCCGAUGAGUGGCGGGUUGCCACGCCGACCCCAGACCCUUAGAGUGAACGACAGGAAACUUCACAGGCUGCUCAGCAGGAGUGAGCGGGCCUACACCGCCCUGCGCGUGGUGCUGUGUCCCCAGGCCCUGGGAGACUGGGGCCCCACCACGCUGGAGCCCGAGAGCGGCGAGAGCGGCGAGCCCGCGCGGCAGGAGUUCAGUAUGCGCUGGCCCUCGGCCCGCUACUGCCACGUGUGUAAGAAACAUUCCUUCCCCAGCCAGCUGAAACCAUGGUAAGGCAACGAGGGAGCAGGGGAGGAGGGAAAGGAGAUGGA